AUGUCCUCUCGCAAUGGCGCCGCCGCCGUCGUCCUGCUCGCCGUAGCAAACAUUCUCAUUCCCAUUGCCAUCCUCGUCUUCGCAACCGGCUUCUUCCCGUACAAGCCCUUCUUGCCUGGCCUUGCCGAGUAUGUCGACCUCGGCCAUGGCUCAGAGCCACCACAGGCUCCCUUCAACCGCCUCAUCUUCAUGGUGGUCGAUGCCCUGCGCAGUGACUUUGUUUACCUGGAGGGGUCGGGCUUCCAGUUCACUCAGCAACUGAUUGCUGACGGCCAUGCCUUGCCAUUCACGGCCCAUGCGACUUCGCCCACUAUCACCAUGCCACGAAUCAAGGCCAUCACGACCGGCUCGACACCUUCCUUCCUUGAUGCCAUCCUCAACUUUGACGAAGCGGAUACGUCCUCCACUCUGGCUGCGCAGGACACCUGGCUCGCGCAGCUGAAGCACAAGAAGCCUGGCAAGCUGGUCAUGCACGGCGAUGACACCUGGCUCAAGCUGUUUCCAGGCGUGUUUGACCGUGCCGAUGGCACAACCAGCUUCUUCGUGUCCGACUUUACCGAGGUCGAUGCCAACGUGACGCGCCAUGUGCCAGAGGAGCUGCAGAACCAGGAUUGGAGCACGGUGGUCUUGCACUACCUGGGGCUAGAUCACAUCGGACACAAGACAGGCCCACGUGGUCCAAACAUGCUGCCUAAACAGCAGGAAAUGGAUGGAAUCGUUCGCCAGAUAUACGAAGGUAUCAAGAGCCAGCCACAUCUCGAAUCUACUCUCUUGGUCUUGAUAGGUGAUCAUGGAAUGAAUGACGCUGGAAAUCAUGGUGCAUCAUCGGCCGGAGAGACUUCGCCCGCGCUCGUGUUUGUGUCACCCAAGCUCAAGAAGAUUGCAAAGCCAGCCAAAACCCCGGCGCACUACAAGGAAGACUUUCGAUAUUACUCCUUUGUGGAACAAUCCGAUCUGGCCCCGACUUUGGCGGCUCUGCUAGGUUUCCCGGUACCCAAAAACAGUCUUGGAUCAUUCAUCACCGAGUUUCUGCCGUUGUGGGAGGGCAAUGAACGUAUCGACAUCCUGCUGCGCAAUGGUCGGCAAAUUUAUGACAUCCUGGCGGCUACGUUCGGCAUUCCUGCAGCGAAUGAGCCACUAAGUGAACAGUUUUGCUCUGGGGCCUCGUCAGAUGCGGAGUCUCUAGCGUGCUCGUGGCGACGCAUACAGGACUCCGCCGAAGGAGCGUACAACGGCUCACCUGUUGAUCCCAGCUGGUUCGAUGAUGUCACAAAGUGGCUUCAAGAGGCACAGUCCUUGAUGACGAGCAUGGCGAGCAACUAUGAUGUCCCUCGCAUGAGCCUUGGAAGUGGUCUGUCCAUUGCUGCCGCUGCUCUCGCGGUAGCUUCCGCGACACUUACACGGACGUCGUCUCUUGCAGGCCUCUCGCCGUACAUACUGGUCACACUGCUGUAUGGUGUGAUGAUGUUUGCCAGCAGUUACAUCGAAGAGGAGCAACACUUUUGGUACUGGACUUCAUCACUAUGGCUCUUCUACCUGACGAUGAAGAGCAUUGAUCGUAAGAACGCCAAAGCCACGAGAAAAACAUUGGUCAAGAUGGCAACUGCGCUUUUGUAUCUCCGGAUCCUCCGCAACUGGAAUCAGACCGGACAAAAGUUCGCUGGCGAGCCGGACAUUGUCACGGUCAUACUAGCGCCUCGCCCUCCUCUGUUAUGGAACUUGGUCUUGUCGGCAUACGCUCUCGUCGCCUGGCAGCUCUAUCACGAGUUGAAGGACGUGACAUCUGUCAUAUCAGGCUCGCUUGUCACCGGUCUGGUCACGUCGGCUGUGUCGUUCAAACUGGCCUUCACCAGAGAGGAUGCACCGGAGCUCAUGACUGGGUUCGCGAGCACGCUCGCAAACCUGUUCUCCGGUCCGUCCUUGGUGGAGCUCGCUCGGGCUGUUUUCAUGGGGCUCGGCCUGGCUGCAAUCUACCCUGUGUACCAGCUGUUGCGACGACCGGCCGGCUCGUCACCUCUGUCGGCCAUGCGCAUGCUCCACAGGCUUUAUACUGUCUUUGCGAUGACUCAAUCGCGGGCCACCAACAUACCUCUGUUCAUCUUGUUUGAUGGCAUCGCAGGUCUGCUUGGCAGAAUGAGCCUGGAUGCUACGGAAGCGACAACGACCUCGUUGCUGCUGCAGUUCGCAUCCUUUUUUGCCAUGGCAGGCAACAACGCCAUCUCGGGUAUCGAUCUGUCCAGCGCCUACAAUGGUGUCAGUGGCUUCAACAUUGUUGCCGUUGGCGCUCUGACUUUUCUCAGCAACUGGGCGGCACCGGUUUGGUGGUCGUUUUGGGGUAUCUUGAUGCUGCUUGAGCACAAACACCGGAACGCGGGUAUUGUUACGACUGAGCAGCAGCGCCCACUCCAGCAAUAUCUCUCUCUGCAGACAGUGUUUGUGGCAGUGAGCUUGGGCUUUGUCAUGGUCGCAUGUAUGGUGCUCCGGACGCAUCUGUUCAUCUGGACCGUAUUCUCACCAAAGUACCUGUACAGCAUGGCCUGGAGCCUUGGCCAACAUCUGGGGAUCAAUGUGGUUCUAGGUAGUCUACUGUACUGGCUCGGACACUGA